AGCGCCGAGCCUGUGGCGGCCAUGCUGCUCUUCUGCCCGGGCUGCGGGAACGGGCUGAUCGUCGAGGAGGGCCCCCGCUGCCACCGCUUCGCAUGCAACACCUGCCCUUACGUGCACAACGUCACGCGCAAGGUAACAAAUCGGAAGUAUCCAAAGCUGAAAGAAGUGGAUGAUGUGCUUGGUGGAGCAGCUGCCUGGGAGAAUGUUGACUCUACUGCAGAGCCGUGUCCCAAGUGUGAACAUCCUCGAGCCUAUUUCAUGCAGCUUCAGACCCGCUCUGCAGAUGAGCCCAUGACCACCUUCUACAAGUGCUGCAACGCUCAGUGUGGACACCGCUGGCGGGACUAAGGGCAGGAUGGCCCAGCUGCGUCAGCGUCUGCGUGCUUUACUGUCCAGGGUGUAUUCCCAGCUGCGAGUGUGAACUGUGUGUCCUGAGGGUCUUGGCUGGUGUGGUGGAAAGCUGACCCUUUAAGGGUGGCUGCCUGGGGAGUCAGGAAGUACAGCCCGCCUCCCAGUCAGCAGAUUAACUCCUUGAUGUUCAGAAUGUCCAGAUUCUGCCCAUGCUGUGUAUGGACAGGAGUAUCCGUCACUGAGUGCAUCCUGCUAAGGUCCUGCUCUUCCUCUUUCAUGUUUAUUGGGCAGUUGAUGUUCUCCUACCAUCAGCCAACACUCUAAUAUUUACAUUGUUUCAUAACUAAUAAAGUAAAACUUACUAGUUUAGUACAUUAGAUGCCCCUCAGUAUUUAACUGUUAAUUGCAAACUUAUUUAAUUAAAAUUUAUCCUGAAUAUUUAAUUAAAGUUAACAGUCUUGUUA